AUGGAUGCACAUGCGCUGCUUUCCUCCCAAGGAUGGCGAGGCACCGGACACUCCCUGCAUAAAACCGACGACUCAAUUGGACUUGCGAAACCUCUGCUACUGAAUCGCAAAGACAAUACUCGCGGACUGGGCCAGAAGCAACAUUUCACAAGCGACCAGUGGUGGAUGAACGCAUUUGAUGAGCAACUCAAGGGUAUUGAUACAUCCAAGAAGGGGAAAGUGGUCCAGACUGUCACGACUGGCAAGCUGAACGCCCUCGAGAAGAAUCUCGGCAAAUACUCCGUAUACACGACCUUCGUACGAGGCGGAUUCCUCGAAGGAACAAUAGACAAGCUCACGAUCAACGACUCGAGCACGGAGUCAUCCGAAACUGAAUCCAGUGAUCAGCAAGAAGGCGACAAGUCUGAUAAGGACAAGCCUCGGAAAGAGACCAAGGAGGAGAAGAAAGCCCAAAAGGAAGCAAAGAGGAAGCGAAAGGAAGCGCGGGCCGCGAGAAGGGCCGAGAAAGCAGCGCGCCGAGAGCUCAAGUCCAAGUCGAAAAAGUCUUCCAAAUCCUCCAAGUCCUCCAAGUCCUCAGCAGAAUCAAGCGACGCAGACGAGGAGAAAAAAAGACGGCGCGCAAAGAAAGAAGAGAAAAGGAGGCAAAGAGCUAAAGAGGCCGGGAAAUAG